GUUAAGUUCUCAUCGGUUUACCUAUCCAGGGGUAAGCGGUGAAGUGCGUGCGAUCUCCUCAGCCUCUAACCUACACUAAUUAGCGCUUAGGCAGCUACAUUAUCAUAUUCAUGUAGCAUCAUGAUCACCUCGAAUGUCCACAUAGGGGAGUUCAACUUGGCAAAGCUUGUUCAAAGGUAGCCUGCUUACUUACCUACCGAGAUGCAUACUUAGGUAAAUACCUGACCUAGAGUAGGUACUGUGCUGGUCCAAAUCUCGAACCUGGGGCGGAGUCCCGAAACAGGGGGCCGUAAUUGGUGUUUUCAGCCCUGACGAGCACCUACUAGGUUAGAAUCGGAUAGGCAGCUUACCUACACAGGUAGCAGUGCAAAAGCCAAUGGAUACUUCGCACUCGCACUCGCCUAUCAAGCCUAGAGACUUUUGCGGGAACGCCUCAUAAUACCCUCAAACAUGAGGAGCCCUCUCUGACUUACCUAUACCCCCAUAUGUAAGAAUUGUUUACGUAGCGUAGCUCAUGAUAGAAUAUAUAUAAAGUCGCGAAUACUGCCAAGAAAUAAAAGGCGACUUCCUAUGAGAUAUUACUCCCUAUGAGAUAUUACUCGUGAUUUACCAAUAGAAAGCCUCCCCGCCACCGUUCAAGAUACCUACCCAACUUACUUCCUUACCUAUAACAUCUGCAUCCUCGCCACACACAUCUCCCCAACACGCAAUGACGCUAUCCGAACGAAACAACAUCUCGAUCGCGCAAAUCGUCAUCUACGCCCCCUCACUCCUCAUCGCCAUCUGGCUCGCCCUCCGCCACGGCUUCGGGCGCAACGCCGGGUGGUUCUUCCUGAUCGUUUUCUCGCUCGCGCGCAUCAUCGGCGCGUCCCUGCAGCUCGCGACAAUCGCGGACCCGACGAACCUCAGCCUGCACAUCGGCGCCGCGACGCUGCAGAACGUCGGCCUGACGCCGCUGAUCAUGGUGCAGGUGUCGCUGGUCGGGCGCGCGCUCGGCAGCAUCCGCAAGACGGCGGUCCCGUUCGUCACCGAGCAGCGGCUGCGUGUCGUACACCUAGUCGCGUUAGUGGGAAUGGUACUCAGUGCGGUGGGCGGCAGCGAUUCGAGCCAGAGCUACGCGGGCACGGGCGUGUACACGGUCUCGGGCACGUCGCAGGCGGGGAUCGGCCUCGUGAUCGCCGCGUACGUGCUGCUGGUCUUCUCGACCUUGUUGGUCGUGUCGCAGUUGUCCCAGGUCGAGAUGGGCGAAAAGCGGCUUGUUCUCGCCGUCGGCCUCUCGCUGCCGUUCAUCCUGGUGAGGCUGAUCUACUCGGCUAUAUCGGUGUUCGCGCACAAUCCGGCGUUCAACCAGCUCACGGGUGAUAUCAACGUUCAGCUGGGCAUGGCGGUCAUCAUGGAGAUGAUCGUGGUUAUUAUUGUGGAGAGUAUUGGGAUGACGCUGCAGAGGAUGCAGAGGGUGCAAGUUGCCACGGCGUCGAGGGAUAGCCAAAGCCGUAGGCUGCAGUCGGAAGAUGAUCAUGAAAUGGGUGCUUACAGGUAAAGAUUUGAACUUCAGCGUUGAUGUUGUUAGAGAAGCGUGGGUGAGGAUGACAAUGAAGUUAAACUUUUGAAGAUUAUAACGAAGUUGGAGUUUAACGAAGUUGGAGUUGAGUUGAGGAAUUAAAUCAAUAACGUAACGUAUUUUAGUACUAGG